AUGAAAAGUCAAAUGAUUUCAGAUGCAAUUAAACUGGCCGUACCAUUAUCAGCUGUACAGUCUAUUAUCUCUCAAAGAUUCGUCUCAUGGGAUCCGAAUUCAUGGAGAAGAUUUGUUCGGAAUCAAUUUGAAAUUAUGAAGGCAAUUUCUGGAGAAAGGUUUUCUGCAGAAAAGUCUACAAACUAUCAUAGCGUUUACAUGAGCAAUUACAAUGACAAUCCAUUUUAUGAUCGUCUGUACUCUACAAUAUUAAAACUUCCUAUCAGUUCUGUUCCGGGGUAUGAAAUCACUCACUAUAAACUUGAUGGUGAAGCUUAA